AUGUUCCGCCAGGAGCAGCCGCUGGCCGAGGGCAGCUUUGCGCCCAUGGGCUCCCUGCAGCCGGACGCCGGCAACACAAGCUGGAAUGGGACCGAGGCGCCAGGGGGCGGCGCCCAGGCCAUCCCUUACUCCCUGCAGGUGACGCUGACGUUGGUGUGCCUGGCUGGCCUGCUCAUGCUGCUCACGGUGUUCGGCAACGUGCUGGUCAUCAUCGCGGUGUUCACCAGCCGUGCUCUCAAGGCGCCCCAAAACCUCUUCCUGGUGUCUCUGGCCUCGGCGGACAUCCUGGUGGCCACGCUGGUCAUUCCUUUCUCGCUGGCCAACGAGGUCAUGGGCUACUGGUAUUUUGGCAAGGCAUGGUGCGAGAUCUACCUGGCGCUCGACGUGCUCUUCUGCACGUCGUCCAUUGUGCACCUGUGCGCCAUCAGCCUGGACCGCUACUGGUCCAUCACGCAGGCCAUCGAGUACAACCUGAAGCGCACGCCACGCCGCAUCAAGGCCAUCAUCGUUACUGUGUGGGUCAUCUCGGCUGUCAUAUCCUUCCCGCCGCUUAUCUCCAUCGAGAAGAAGGGCGGCGGUGACGGGCAGCAGCCGGCCAAGCAGCGCUGCAAGAUCAACGACCAGAAGUGGUACGUCAUCUCGUCGUGCAUAGGCUCCUUCUUCGCGCCCUGCCUCAUCAUGAUCCUGGUCUACAUACGCAUCUACCAGAUCGCCAAGCGCCGCACCCGCGUGCCGCCCAGCCGCCGAGGUCCGGACGUCGCUGCCGCGCAGCCCGGGAGCGCCGAACGCAGGCCCAACGGCCUGGGCACCGAGCGCUGCGCGGGCCCCGCGGGCGCAGAGGCCGAGCCGCUGCCCACCCAGCUCAAUGGCGCCCCGGGGGAGCCCGCACCGGCCGGGACGCGCGAGGCCGACGCGCUGGACCUGGAGGAAAGCUCCUCCUCGGAACACGCUGAGCGACCCCCGGGGCCCCGCAGACCCGAGCGCGGCCCCCGGGCCAAAGUCAAGGCUCGGGCGAGCCAGGUGAAACCCGGGGACAGUCUGCCCCGGCGCGGGCCAGGGGCAACCGGGCCUGGGGCUUCGGUGGUGGGGCCCCGGGAGGAGCGCGGCGGGGGCGUCAAAGCGUCGCGCUGGCGCGGGCGGCAGAACCGCGAAAAGCGCUUCACGUUCGUGCUGGCGGUGGUCAUCGGCGUGUUCGUGGUGUGCUGGUUCCCCUUCUUCUUCACCUACACGCUCACGGCCGUCGGCUGCUCCGUGCCACGCACGCUCUUCAAGUUCUUCUUCUGGUUUGGCUACUGCAACAGCUCGCUGAACCCGGUAAUCUACACAAUCUUCAACCACGACUUCCGCCGCGCGUUCAAGAAGAUCCUCUGCCGCGGGGGUAGGAAGCGGAUCGUGUGAGCACGCUGCCCACACCCGGCUCACAGACUGGCGCCAAUUGCAGGCCCUGGGCAUCCAGGGGAGCAUCUUCACAUCAGCCCUAGCACUUUGAAUCCCAGGCCCCGCCUGCUCCGUGUUUCCUGGCCUGGAGGGUGCUCUGCGGCCUCCUGCGGACAUUUGUUCCACAAGGGAAAAG